AUGCCCUUGUCGACCCUUCCAGCCGCGGCGGAGGCGGCGCCGGCACCAGCGCCGGCCGCCGGAAUCAGUGCCGAACUGGGCGGGCUUCCGCCGGAACUCAUCUCCUGCAUCCUCCACAGGCUCGACCCGUUCCAGAUCAUGCUGGACGCCGACAAGGUGUGCCGCUCCUGGCGCCGCGCCGCGCGGGACGAGCCCGAGCUCUGGCGCCGCAUCGACAUGCGAGGCUACCAGGCGCUCUCCGACCGGAACCUGGUCGACCUCAACCAGAUGAUCGACGCCGUGCGGCGCAGCCAGGGGCAGUGCCAAGCGUUCUGGGGAGAGGGCACCAGCCUCCACUACGGCGUCCUCCGCUGCCUCGCCGACCAGUGA